UCUCUGCAAGCACUGAAGAAGAUAUCUCAGGAACAUCCUACUGCCUGCUUGAGGGCUGGUGCUCUUAUGGCAGUGCUUUCUUACCUGGACUUCUUUCCCACUGGUGUCCAGAGAGUGGCCUUGGCAACUGCUGCAAAUAUGUGCAAGAAACUACCUUCAGAUGCUGCUGAUUUCGUUAUGGAAGCUGUACCUUUGUUGACAAAUCUCUUACAGUAUCCUGAUGCCAAGGUUUUGGAAUCUGCAUCUAUUUGCUUGACGCGGAUUGCUGAGGCAUUUGCCUCGUCACCUGAGAAGCUCGAUGAACUUUGCAACCAUGGACUUGUUGCACAAACUGCUGCUCUUAUUUCCUCGACUAAUGCUGGAGGGGGCCAGGCUUCCCUUAGCACUUCUACCUACACG